AUGGCGUUGGUUCCUGCGGUCUUCGUGCGUUCUAUGGAACAAUUGAUUGAAGGAGAAUAUCGCUUCCAUGUUUUGUUGAAUGAAAACAACUUAUUUGGCAUGCUUGGCAAGUCCGGACGAGGUCUCACUGAAUACCAUGCGGUUCCGAUUGAGAAGAUAGAUAUUGUUACUGCAGAUAUGGGCCAUGUAUUAGCCACUGAAGGAGGAUUCUGCACAGGAAGUGCUAGAGUCGUUGAUCAUCAAGAAGCAUAUGCUCCAUUUCCUGGAGAAGCCAUUAAGUUUCGUCGGAAGAAAUAUCUAAUCUUAGGAUUGUCCAACAUACAAGGUCUCUCUACUGCAAGUGAUCCUGAAUCACCUAUUAAGGGGAAGGACAGUCAGACAGAACUCGACUUGUUCAGUCCAGCGGAUAGAGAAAAGGCUAUCCUCGAUUCUUUCUCCAAGUCUGAACCAGAAUUAGUUUGCUUUCAUUAUAACCACACACUGCUUGUUCGGUCUUGGACUUAUUCUGGUCCUUAA